AUUAGGCUUGAAAGUGUUAUGCCAAUGAUCUGUAUUUAGUGACUAAUCAACAUGGUCGACAAUUCAAAAGAGUCUUUGUUUGAGGUAACGUACGAUGAGGAAGGGUACUGCGGAGUUCGUUUGGAGGAGUUCGAACAGUUAUUCCGCAAGCCCACGUUAUACGAAGAUUCUGCUUCCACUGUUUCCGAUGGUGAUGGCGAGAAGAUUGACCUGGAGGGUUUGAUGUCAGUGAUGCAUAAAAUCGCAACCAACAUCGAAUCGUCUCAUCUUGGUGUGGUUAACAUUCGUCGUAUAAUUUGGGGUUAUUUUCUUGGUCUCUAUGACAACCCAGAUCUGGACAAUUUGUGUACUGUAAUAAGAACUAAUAGGGAGCGUUACCUCGAACUAACUAACAAGCACCGCUACGAUGGUCUUCGUAAGAUGCAAACGCUGAAUCCUCAAUUAUUCCAUCCUCUAGCGCCUGUAGAACGCAAUCCUUGGGAGAUAACCCAGCGUAUCAAGGAAUUACUAGAUGAGAUAUGGCAGGAUGUUGAGCGUACAUAUCAGGAACGCAGUUUAUUCAAACAGGAGAGCGUUCGUAAGAGCUUGCAGAACAUUUUAUAUGUCUGGAGUCGUGAGCAUGACUAUAUAUCGUACCGGCAGGGUAUGAAUGAGUUGCUUGCUGUGAUAUAUCUUGUAUGCUACCGUGACCAGGUACAUAACUUGGAUAGUGGCAAGGACGCCUCAUUUGAUGUAAUUCUUUCGGGUGACAUGGGCGACUUAGAGGCUGAUGCAUAUAUGUUAUUUGAUGCACUGAUGUCUCUAGAGACCCAACUUAUGUUUGACAACGUUGCAGUCAAAUCUCCGCAGAUUGGUAAUUCUGUUGGUAUAUCCCGCAAUAUGUACUACGUCGCUUCUAUACACAACCGUACAAAGGCUGAAGCUCACAAUUCAUUUAUCGCACGUACUAAAUUUAUCUUCGGUAGCAUUCUUCGGCUUUAUGACAUGCCUCUAUUCACGCAUUUUCAAAAGAUUGAACUUGAGCCUCACAUAUUUUUGAUGCGUUGGAUAAGGCUCAUAUUCAGUCGUGAGUUUAAUAUCAAUGACACGUUGAACCUAUGGGAUGCUGUAUUUGCGGAUCACUUCUUAACAAGGGUUGAAAGCCGUGGUUUACCGGAGUUUCAAUUUGAGCUGAUGGAUUUUUUCUCCAUUGCAAUGAUAUCAUACGUCCGUUUAAAUUUGCUGGAGAACGAUAUUAACUACUGCCUUCAACGUUUAUUCAAAUUCCCGCCAAUGGAGGAUAUAAGCCACUUAAUUGCUAAAGCUCACAAGAUUCGUGUAUUGUAUCGUAAACGUCUAUCUGAUCCUGGUGAUCCAUCAGUUUACGUACCUAGCGCACCGGCUACUCCACUACAUAACUUUAUAGACACUAUCCAGGUGACUUCCAAAGCCGAUAUGAUGGAAUGCCGGGACCUAAUUCACGGUAAUACUCCGUACGCAUCACUUGAGGGUUCCGAAGGUGGUUUUUUUGGAUACAAAUCACCUUCAUUUUCAAGCGACUCUUCAUCAUCAAGCUUCAAUCAACGCGCGUCUCUUGAAGACAUUGCUUCGAGAUUAUUCAAGUUACAUGAGCGGUUAUAUCUACUUGGGUUGGACGACUUGAUGGCUGAGGUAAAGUCACUUCACAGUGACGUUAGUCGUAUUAUAUCCAACUUGGACUGACUACCGGUCUUUUAUGUAUUUCUAGUAGAUCCAUUUCGUAUGUUUAGCG